UGUGUGAGAUGGUCACGGCUGGCUGCACAUCCCAAAGAAGCCCUGCCUUCUGAGAUGAGAUAUGCCUCCUGCCGGAUUACAGCCUCUGCGCAUUGAAGGCUUUUUUUCUGUUUGAAUGAGGAAAACAUUUCGUCUGCUUUUCUGAAAGGCUGUCACAUGGCGCCGACGAGGAAAACAAUCGCUUCCUGAAAUGAUAAUCGCCAUUAGUUAUAUGCAUUGCUGUUUCCUCCACCUCUCUCUACCGUAAUAUCGCAUCGUGUUUCAUUUUCUUUUGGCUCAAGGUCGCUUCCGAUGAUGAUCAGUAAAGUUAAAAAUGCGAUGUCCAACCUGGUAGGAGGGAUGAUGCCGCACGGACACCAUCACCACCACAACCAUCACUUAGGUGGUGGUCAGAACUGUGGACAGGACAGCUUGCCGCCGCGCUUCCCCUACGGCCGGCCGGAUUUCUUGGACCUCACCCCGGAGCUCCUGCAGUACUCCACGGAGCACGCAUCACGGCCGGUGCUGACGCUAAAGAGAGGCAGCAGGCUUCCCUGGGGGACAGGAUACGCAGAGGUGAUCAAUGCAGGGAAAAGCAUGCUGAACGAGGACCAGGCGUCCUGUGAGAAGCUGUUUGUGAAGAAGCCGAGCGGAAAGCACCGAAACUCCACUUUGUUGGAAGACAGCGGGGAUGGCACAGGAAUCCCAAUCCACUUCUGGGGGGUCUUUGAUGGGCAUGCAGGUUCUGGCGCUGCCAUCAUGGCCUCCAAGCUUCUUCACCGCCUCAUCAGAGACAGACUUGGGGAAAUCUGUCACCUUCUAGAGAACCCCACCUGUGCGCCUCCCAUCUGUUUGGCCAAAAACGGCAGUCCAUACCAGGCGGAUGCGAAGAAAGGAGCCACACAGGAACCAGAAGAUCCCGAUGCUGUCUGCGACUCCUCAGUGCGCUUUCACAUGGAAAAGGUUGUCAGCUUGGAGAGCCUGGUGAUGGGAGUCAUAGAGACUGCCUUCAAACAGAUGGAUGACCUUAUUGAAAAGGAAAAAGCUUCAUAUGCCAUUUCUGGUGGCUGUUGUGCCUUAGCUGCCAUUCAUUUGAUGGGAAAACUCUAUGUAGCCAAUGCUGGAGACAGCAGGGCUAUUAUCAUACGAAAUAAUGAAGUCAUUCCCAUGACUAAUGAAUUCACACCUGAGUCCGAGAGACAGCGGCUACAGUAUCUGGGCUUCCUGAGGCCAGAGCUCCUGGGUAAUGAGUUCACACACAUUGAGUUCCCUCGUAGGAUCCAGCACAGUGAACUGGGCAAAAAGAUGCUCUACAGAGACCACACCAUGACUGGCUGGGCUUAUAAGACAAUCGUUGAAGAUGAUCUGAAAUUCCCCCUGAUAUAUGGAGAGGGUAAAAAGGCUCGUGUCAUGGCAACAAUCGGAGUGACCCGCGGGUUGGGAGAUCAUGACCUGAAGGUUUACAAUUCCAACAUUUACAUCAAGCCUUUCCUCUCAUGUGUCCCUGAGGUAAAGGUUUAUAACCUGGAUGAAAACAAACAUGGCCCAGAUGAUGUCUUGGUCAUGGGCACAGAUGGACUGUGGGACGUAACAACCGACAGGGAAGUGGCAGAUGCUGUGUCAGCCUACCUAACGUGCUGUGACCCCUCUGAUCCCAUGAGGUACACCCUGGCAGCGCAGGACCUGCUGAUGAGGUCACGAGGUGUGCUGAAGGAGCGUGGCUGGAGGCUACCCAAUGAUAGACUGGGCUCCGGCGAUGACAUCACCGUGUUUGUCAUUCCACUGGCAGGACACGAGUUAGAGACUUGAGGAGUCAUGUUGUAGUGACUGAUAUGAUGGGGCUGACCCUUUAAGGGUCCUUCCCACGGUCCCUCCAAGCUCCCUAAACCCUGGACAGAUGAGGCAGUGGGAAAGCAAAACAUUUGUCAUAGAGAAGACUCGGGUCUGAGCAGCACCUUCAUCAAUCAACUCUCUAGAUCAGACCCAGUUCCUUCACUUCAGCUUAACCCAGGAUCCGUCUCCCAUUGCCUUCGCCUUGUUUUAAUCAUGCAAAAAAUAAAUUUUCAUUCACUUUAUCAGAAAAGUUCAAAUCUUUUUCCCCAAAACUGCUGUUUGUGAAAAUUGCAAGUGAUCCCUGUAGUAUUUUAGUUUCUUGUAAAUGUCUGAUACUGGGUGGUUACUCAGAUUUUAAAAGGAUUGUUCAUUUAUUCAUGCCCAUGUUGUUACUCCCUGCCCUCCCACAGUUUUUCAGUCAAAUAUAGUAAAUGGGAUUGCAAUACAAAACAUGAGGAAAACCAAAGAGAUGCUGCUCUGGUAUUGGGAUGGAAAUCUGUACAAAUAAACACAUAAACAAUAACACAAACAAAACAGUUGUUACAUAUAUGUCUGUACAUCAAAGGAGCAUGGAGGAAAAAUAAAAACAUAAAACAAAGGAAUGGACCUUUCUGGCACUGGACCCAAAACAAAGACAGUUCAGUCUGUGUUGCAGUAUUUUCUUUUGUUAAAAACGAAAUGACAAAACUCUGAAGCACUUGAAGACUGUUGCACAUGCUCUGUGGUAGCCUGUUGAUUUUCAUCAUUAUGAAUGUUCUCAUCGAUGACAUGUGCUUUUUUUUUCUUUACAUAAGAGCCCUGAGGGUUACACCCAUGUUAACGUAAAGGAAUAAGGAAGAGAAAUAUUUGUUGAUUUAGUUUCAUGUUUUCUUUGUUGAAUCCUCGAAGGGAGAAAGUCUGCAUAUUAAGAUGCGAUGAAUUUCACACACAUGCCUUAUUAAAACAGGAAAGGGACUCAAGAGUUUCUUUCUUCCAAUGCACUAAAUUUGAUUCUUGUACAAGAGACAAAAAUAUAUUGUACAUCAUUAAAUGUACCUCAUACCUCUUUUGUACCUUUUUUUUUGUUAUGCCAUGUUGUUAUUUAGAUUAUUCAUAUAUUUUUAAAGAUCAUAUUGACAAAAGUUUAUUUUUAUGUUUCUAUUCAUAACUGUUAAUCCUACACUCUGAGCUACCAGAAUGUGCGGUGGAAGGCUAAUGUGUUCCAGCUAAGAAAUAAAUCAGAUUUUUCCCA